CUUGAGGACGGCCAACGGCGAACAGCUUUCUGCUCUCGAUUGCUAUUAAUGGCGGUCUUUUGAUCGGAGUUGGAACGUCUCUCUUCGAUUUUGCUUGCUAUUCAAUCAAUCAACGCGUUCGUUUCAUUCUGAUUGAAAAGCUGAAGUGUUAUUCUAGUGUAAAAGUUUGUAAUUACAAAAAGUCAAUCGUUUCCCAGUGAAAGUGUGAUUGCUGUCUGCAUCGCUGGUGGAAAACUCGCUAGAAGCUAGGAAAUAAAUUAUAGUGGUCUAGUAACUUCUGAUUGUUGAAGGCGAGGCGUUUUCUUGCUGAAAAGGGAUUUUUCGUAACUUAUUUCAACGCCAGCGACGUCUGCUAGGAAGCAACAUGACCGAUAUCAGGGCAGCCCUUGCUGCUCAGCAGAAUGGCUCCGGUGCAACAGGAAGCCCAAAGAUCGGGGGUAAAUCAAUCGAAAAAAUCUAUCAGAAGAAAUCCCAACUGGAACAUAUCUUGCUCCGUCCUGACACGUAUAUCGGUUCGGUUGAACACCUGAAGGACACCAUGUGGGUGUAUGAUACGGAGAAUAGUAAAAUGGUUCAACGGGAGAUAACAUAUGUUCCCGGUCUGUACAAGAUCUUUGACGAAAUCCUGGUGAAUGCUGCAGACAACAAGCAACGAGAUGCAAAAAUGUCUUCGAUAAAGAUUGAUAUAAAUCAGGAGACGAACACAAUUUCAAUCUGGAACAACGGACAGGGUAUUCCGGUGGUAAUGCAUAAGGAAGAGAAGAUGUACGUUCCCACCAUGAUUUUCGGCCACUUGCUGACGUCCUCCAAUUAUAAUGAUGAAGAGGAGAAAGUUACUGGUGGUAGGAACGGUUACGGAGCAAAGUUGUGUAAUAUUUUCAGUACUAAGUUUGUUGUCGAAACGGGCACCAAGCAGUACAAGAAGUGUUUUAAGCAAACUUGGGCUGACAACAUGGGUAAGGCUGGGGAGCCCAAGAUUCGGGAAGACUUCAGCGGGGAUGAUUAUACGAAGAUAACGUUCUCUCCGGAUUUGAAAAAGUUUAAGAUGGAAAAGCUAGAUGACGACAUAGUGGGACUGAUGUCACGACGUGCGUUCGAUGUGGCCGCUUCCACUCGGGGCGUUAGUGUGUUCUUGAACGGCAAGAAACUUCCGGUUAAGACAUUCAAGGAUUAUAUCGACCUGUACAUCAAGGAUCAGCAAGAUGACAUCGGCGCACCGGUGAAAGUUUGCUACGAGAAUGCGAACGAACGAUGGGAAGUAGCCGUAACUCUUUCAGAUCGUGGUUUCCAGCAGGUUUCCUUUGUCAACUCUAUUGCUACAACUAAAGGCGGCCGGCACGUAGAUUAUGUCACGGAUAUGAUUGUAAAACAGCUAAUCGAAGUGUUGAAAAAGAAAAAUAAGGGUGGUGUCAACAUUAAACCUUUCCAAGUCAAGAAUCACAUGUGGGUGUUCCUUAACUGUCUCAUUGUCAAUCCGACAUUCGAUUCACAAACGAAGGAAAACAUGACUCUACAAUCGAAGAGCUUUGGUUCCAAAUGUACUCUGUCGGAGAAAUUCAUUACAGGCGUCGCGAAGAGCGGAAUUGUCGAAUCGGUUUUGCAGUGGGCAAAGUUCAAGGCUCAAACCGAACUCAACAAAGCAUCCGGUUCGAAGAAAUCUAAGAUCAAGGGAGUUCCCAAAUUGGAAGAUGCUAACGAUGCUGGUACGAAAAAUUCGCUGAACUGCACACUGAUUCUCACUGAGGGAGACUCAGCUAAGACGUUGGCUGUAUCCGGUUUGGGUGUGGUAGGUCGUGAUACUUAUGGAGUCUUUCCGCUACGUGGUAAACUUUUGAACGUCCGAGAAGCUACUCAUAAACAGAUCCUGGAAAACGCUGAAAUCAACAAUCUGAUCAAGAUCGUCGGUUUACAGUACAAAAAGAAGUAUCUCACGAUAGAAGAUUUGAAAACGCUCCGUUACGGCAAAAUUAUGAUUAUGACAGAUCAGGAUCAGGACGGAUCUCACAUUAAGGGUCUUUUGAUCAACUUUAUUCAUACCAAUUGGCCGGAGUUGCUACGAUUGCCGUUCCUCGAAGAAUUCAUCACUCCAAUCGUGAAGGCAACCAAAAAGAAUGGUGAAGAGCAUUCUUUCUUCUCGCUGCCGGAAUUCGAAGAAUGGAAAACCGAAACAGCCAACUCUCACACCUAUAACAUCAAGUACUAUAAGGGUUUGGGUACUUCCACCUCCAAAGAGGCAAAGGAGUACUUCCAAAACAUGGAACGCCACAGAAUUUUAUUCAAGUACGACACUAACACUGACGAUGAUGCUAUUACUAUGGCCUUCUCCAGGAAGUGCAUUGAGCAGCGCAAGGAAUGGCUUACAGUUCACAUGGAAGAGAAUCGACACCGGAAGCAGGUUGGUCUGCCGGAACGAUAUCUGUACACUAAAUCGACUCGCGCCAUUAGCUACAAAGAAUUCGUAAAUCUCGAGUUGGUUCUUUUCUCCAACUCCGACAACGUUCGUUCCAUUCCGUGCAUGUUAGAUGGAAUGAAGCCCGGCCAGCGGAAGGUCUUGUUCACUGUUUUCAAGCGUAACGAUAAACGCGAAGUUAAGGUUGCUCAGCUGGCCGGAUCCGUUGCGGAAAUGUCCGCAUACCAUCACGGUGAGACGUCCCUGUGCUCAACUAUCGUCAAUUUGGCGCAAAAUUACGUCGGCAGCAACAACAUCAAUUUGCUCUAUCCGGGUGGACAGUUUGGUACCCGUUUGGCCGGUGGUAAGGACAGUGCUAGCCCUCGUUACAUUUUCACCAUGAUGUCACCGUUGACGCGGCUAAUCUUCCAUCCGUUGGAUGACCCCCUGCUGGAGUAUCAGUUCGAGGAUAAUCAGAAGAUUGAACCGGUCUGGUAUCUACCAAUCAUUCCGAUGGUGCUGGUCAAUGGAGCCGAAGGUAUCGGCACCGGUUGGUCCACCAAGAUUCCGAACCACAACCCACGGGACAUUAUCGCCAAUCUGCGUCGUAUGCUUAACGGGGAGGAACCAAAGGUUUUGCAUCCAUGGUACAAGAACUUCCGAGGUUCAAUCGAAAGCGUCGGUGCCCAGAAGUAUCUAACCGUGGGCAACGUGUCUCUGUUGGACAACCAGAAGAUCGAAAUCUCUGAGUUACCAAUCGGUGUGUGGACCCAGAUAUACAAGGAAAACACAUUGGAACCCUUGUUGCACGGAUCGGAAAAGCAGAAGGCAGUAAUCUCCGAUUACAAGGAGUACAACACGGAUACAACGGUGCGGUUUGUAGUUUCGUUCUUACCGGGUGAGUACGAUCGAAUUUACUCCGAGGAAGGUGGUUUCCAUCGGGUGUUCAAACUGAUCAGCUCAACCUCGACCACCUGUAUGCACGCUUUCGAUGAUAAAAACUAUCUGAAACGAUACGACCAUGCCAAUGAUAUAUUCCAUGAAUACUACAAAAUUCGAUUGGCAUACUACGGUAAGCGUAAGGCGUACCUUGAAGGUAUGUUGCAAGCUGAAGCGGAUCGAUUGACUGAUCAGGCACGUUUCAUUGUGGAGAAAUGCGACCGUUCACUUGUUGUUGAAAACAAGAAACGAAAGGUGUUGAUCGAUGAACUGAUCAAGAAAGGCUAUAGACCAGAUCCAGUUAAGGAAUGGAAGCGAGCCGUGGCUCUUGAAGAGGAAGAAGCUGACGAUGCGGAGGAAGAGGAGGGUGAUGGUGAAGAUGUAAAACCUGGAAAGCCUAAGAAGCCAGUAGACCCGGAAAAGGCCUUCCAGAAGCUGAGCGAUGUGAAGAAGUUUGACUAUCUGCUAGGAAUGUCAAUGUGGAUGUUGACCGAGGAAAGGAAGAAUGAACUGCUGAAACAGCGUGAUCAAAAACUGGCCGAUUUAGCUGCUAUCAAGAACAAGACAAUGGAAAUGUUGUGGCAGGAUGACUUGGAUACGCUCUUGAAGAAACUGGAUGAAGUUGAAGAAAAAGAACGCCUGGAUGCUAUCAGCACAGAGAAAAAAUUGAAGGCUGGAGCAGCGAAGAGCGCCGGUCGCGGCGUAAAGACCUUGGGAAAGAAGGUAGCUCUCGAUGAGACCAAACCGAGUGACAUGGGCGAGGAAGUUCAAUUCAAGAUGACCGAAGAACUGCUUAAAAAAUACGAGAAGGUAGUUGCGGCUAAUCCAAGAGUGAAGAAGGAGAAGAAGGAACCCGGCGAGGGUGGUGGAGAUGAUGAGUUUGAUGCUUUGGUAGAAGGUAAGAAGCCAAGAGCGAAGAAGGAACCAAAGGAACCGAAAGAACCGAAGGUCAAGAAAGAAAAAAAAGAGAAGGAAAAGAAAGAGAAGGACGGUAUGAAGCAGUCUAAGCUUAACUUUGGCGCAAAAGGUGCUGGUAAAGGAAGGAAGAAGAAGACAUCUGAUGACGAAGAUGACAUGUCCGACGUUAGUGAUGACUUUGGAGCUGCAGUAAAUGUUCCGACGCGUGAGAAAACUGAAAGACGAGCGGCUUCAAAGAAAAUCAACUAUUCCUUCAACGACGAGGACGAGGAUGACAAUUUUGACAAGUCGGACGAUGAGCUGUUCGAUAACAACCCGGAAGCUAGCAGAGGUCGAGUGGCCCCCGGAUUGAUUGAUGACGACAGCGAUAUAGAAGAAGUUGGAGGCAACGAUGUGGUCACCUUGGACAGUGAGGUUGAUUCACCGGUAAAACCACAGAAACCGGCAGCGAAACGAAAACUGGGCCCGAAAACGGAUGGUCCAGCCAAGGGACCAGCAGCGAAGCGUGGCCGCAAGAAGGCAAGCGCAGGCAGCAGUGAGGAUGAGAAGCCCAAGAAGAAGCCCAAGAAGAAGAAGAUGGAUAGCGAAUCUGAAGAAAGCGAAGAAAAUUACGAUGAUGAUUCGGAUUUUGAGUAGGCAGGAAUGCAAGACGGUUUGUGAAUCCAACAAACUUCGGGUAGUUCGAUUCAAAGUUGAACUUUUGUGAUGCCGAGGAAGUUAAUUUAGCCACUUGUAUUGUCUUACACGCAUCUACAAACCAGAAUUUUAUACAGCCACGAUUCACCACCAUUGAGCUGGUACAUUAGAAACCCAACUGUAGCUCAUGUUAUCAUUUUGAUCUUACACAUUUGGCUCUAUUUGAACAAGAACAGAUUUUUUUAGCGCGGUAUAGACGUAGCUUACCGUUAAAGACUAGAUUGUAGAAGUAUUCAUCCACGCCCCUAGAGGUUAAGUAAUUUAUACAUUCAUUUGUACAACUUUGUUUUACAUCUACCAAACAAGUGUGUGAACAUAGCUGCAACAAAGUUUGAGCUUGUGUGUGUAUGUGCUUUACUGAAUGAUUGAAUGGAGGAUAAUUUUUGUACAAGAAUCGGCGAUUGUAUAAAUAAAAAUCUAUUGUUUAUCGCAUUGGCAACCAAAGCAAAUAUUCCUGCAAAAUGUUCAAACUAUAAUGAAUUUUUUUUAAAUUGUUCCCCCAACAAGCAGAUAAACAAUCUUUUUUGAGAAAAAAAUUGCAUCCUACUGUAAGUGUGUGAAUGUGAAUAGGAAAAAUGUGUAUGUGAACAUGUUCAAUUUUUGCAGCAUACUUGUUUUCGCGGAACGAAAAAAUGUUCUUUACUCUACGCAACACGAGCUGUAGAUAUCACUA